GACCUCUGCUUCAUCCUCUUCUGCGUUCCCUUCCAAGCCACCAUCUACACCCUGGAGGGCUGGGUGUUCGGGCCCUUCAUGUGCAAGGCCGUCCACUUCUUCAUCUACCUCACCAUGUACGCCAGCAGCUUCACCCUGGCCGCCGUCUCUGUUGACAGGUAUUUGGCCAUACGAUACCCCCUGCACUCGAGGGAGCUGAGGACGCCCAGGAACGCCCUCACAGCCAUCUGCUUCAUCUGGGGGCUUUCCUUCAUCUUCUCGGGCCCUUACCUCAGCUACUACCAGGAGUUCCAGUUGGCCAACCUCACCGUCUGCCACCCCAUCUGGGAGAUCUCCCAGCGCAAGGUCAUGGACAUCUGCACUUUCAUCUUCAGCUACAUCAUCCCAGUGCUGAUCCUGAGCCUCACUUACGUGCGGACUAUUCGUUACCUGUGGAGGUCUGUAGACCCUCUCCAAGAUAUGUCGGAGUCCAAGAAGGCCAAGCGAAAGGUCACCAGGAUGAUCAUCAUUGUAGCCGUCCUGUUCUGCCUCUGCUGGCUGCCCCAUCACCUCGUCAUCCUCUGCGUCUGGUUCGGGUACUUCCCCCUCAAUCAUGCUACGUACGUGCUCCGCAUCCUCUCGCAUCUCAUCUCCUAUGCCAACUCCUGCGUGAACCCCAUUGUCUACGCCCUGGUCUCCAAACACUUCCGCAAGGGCUUCAGGAAGAUCUUCAUCUGCCUCUUGCACAAGAAGACAGCCAACAAGGUGCACGUGGCCCAAGUGAUGAACACCGCCAGCACGCUGGAGGCAGAGCUCAGCGAGGUGACCCACAUCAGCGAAGCCCUGCCCGGCCGCUCCUCCCUGCACUGCAAGGUCCCAGCCCAGCCCUGGGGGGAGGCAGAGCCGCUGGGACAUCAGCAGAAAGCAGAUGGCUCCUUCAUCACCUUCCAUGUCACCUAG